AUGCCGCCCCGCACUCGCUCUUCGGGAGCCCUUGUGCGUAUGAAUCCCACGCGCGAGGAUGAGGCCUACACAAAGGAAGUCCUUAGGAAGACAAGCGACGGGUUUAGGGCGGAGCUAACAUCCGGUAAGUCUGAGCGGAUAACCCAGAAUCUUAGAAAUCAAGACGAGGGGACCCUCCGGCUUCAAGAGUAUCUUAUGGCCGCUGAGGUCGAUGCACGCCCUCCCAAGAAGAUUGACACCCUCAUGGAUCAGAGUGAUGCGCUUAAAUUGCAGAAGUCUUUGACAGCUCUACAAGUUGCACCGAUUCAGAGAUCCCGUGUCCAGGAGCCUCCCAAAUACGAAAUAACAUCAGAGGAUAAGGAUUCUUCUUCUAGUCAACCCCAGCAGGCUUCCCUUUCCGAAACAUCCAGCACGUCAACUCCUCCAGAAUCUAGCCCCACGCCAAGCCCUCCACCUGCACGGAAAUCUCCCAAGGAUGUGCCUAAGCCAGCCACUCCAACCCCACUCAGACAGUCGGCCACUCCUAUCAAGAAGCCGUCCCCAGCUAUCCAACCGUCCCAAGAAGAUGAGUACACAGAUGAGUAUGUCAUGGUCAAGCAGCGUGUCAAGAGAAGACCGCGUCCACCUUCGAGGCUAUCAACGAGUACGAGAGUGGUUACAGCUGGCGAACCCGGUAUGCUCUACGCCUACAAGAAAGCAUGGGGUUGCGCUGAGUAUGUUUACGCUAGCGCAUGUGGAUUACUUGCUCUCAUGGUGCUCUUCAUCUUCAGCUACCUGCUGAUGCGCCUCUGGACGGGAUGUGCUGGGCUAGGCAUCGUUGGCGCUGGUGCUCCACUGGUUCCUAUACAUACAGGUGACGGUGUUGCAGGCGUGUCCUGCACAGGCCCGUCACUGAAAGAAAUACAAUCUCUCCUUGAGUUAAACAACAAGGUCCUGCUCAAAGAGUGGGGCAAUGCUCGCGCAUUUACACUAGAUAAUAAAGAAAUUCAUAACAUUGCAACUCAGGUGGCGUCCAAACUUUCGGAUCAGCAUCAAAAGUUGGAGUUCAAGAUUGCAGAGAUAAUUGAUAAGCAUACGGCUCGGGCCACUGAUCAGAGUAUUACGACCAACCAACUAAAAGAUCUAGCCAAGAUAGUUAGGGACGAAGUGACUUCAGCGACCAAGGAGCGCACUUCUGCACUCUCUGAUGCUAUUGCUAAGUUUGAGAAGGAGAUGCUGAAUGCGCAGUCUGCUACCAUCGAUCUGAUGAAGGAUCUCCUCAGGAACAACAGUUUCAAUGCGACCUCAACGCCAGCAAAGAAAGCCUCGGAGAAAAUCAAAGCAGCUGUUGGGAAGAUAUCUGAUGCGACAGAUGCAGUGGUAACCGCAGGAUCUGCCGACUUCACUGCUCUAUUUACGAUGAUAGAGGGCCUGUCACGUAGGUUAGAGACGUCAUAUCGCAACGAGAGCAUCACUAAAGAGUUACAGGCCUUGCAGCAAUCGAUCCUCCUUGACAUCCAGACACAGCUGAAGGAUGCUGCCGCAAUAACAAACCAGGUAAUUAGCGACUCUCUAGCUAGCAUCCGUACACAGACAGAGAGCUUAUCCACUGUGCUUAUUGACCUUGCUGCAAAGUCCGCUGUCAAUGCAGAGGUAUCUGUCAAUGGUACGGCCCCAGUAAUGUUUGCAUCUGAAAGCCUGAGCUCUAUGCAGCACGCCAUAGAUAGAAUUAUCGUUGUACUUGGAGAGCUUUCAGACCGGGUGGGCUCUGGCUUUGGUAGCACUGGCAGCCAUGGUGAUUCUCAGUCCUCACUGUUGACAUUAGCUGACCUUGAAGAGGCACGGUAUAAGCUUUCCCAACACAUUACACAGCAGGCACAGAACGUUACUCUUGCUAUUCAGGAGAGGAUAAAUGCCUCAGAAAACAAGAUGAUUCAGGAGGCUAACGAGCGCGUGGAUCAUCUGAAGAUGGGACUAGCAGGAAUAAUAAAGAAGGCUCUAUUGAAGCAAACGAGCUACUCUUCCGAAAGCACAAGUACUGUCUCACAAGGCGUAGUUGACGAUCUGCGGUUACAGUACACGGAUUUUACGAAACAGUCUUUUGGGACAAGAAUUGCAGGCAAAUCUGAUGACAUUACGAACAUCGCAGAGAGCCUCAAAACUCUCAUCUCCGGGAACGAGCGUGUACGGCUCAUGUUCAACGAGAACAUGUCACCAGGAGCAUGUUGGCCGACGAAGAAAAACGGGCAUGUUGUAUUGCGUUUUAAGGACCCAGUUACGUUGUACUACGGCACUAUCUCACAUCCAGCUGCGCCGAAGCUCUCUACCGGCCGGACUACUGUCCCACGUGAUCUAACGUUCAUCGGGCGCACAACCACUGGAAAGGAGAUUCAGCUGGGGAGCUUCACUUUCGACGUCGAUGGCCCAGAGCAGCAAGCCUUCCAACUGCAGGAGAAUCACGACCUCAUACAGGUACGUGUUCAAUUCACAAAUAACGGCGGAGAGUACACAUGCAUAUAUAAUCUUGGUUUAUUUGGAGAAAAAGAUGGCAAGAAGCUUUAA